CCGGCUGUUAGAUUCAAAAAUUAUAUUCGACACGACAUGUUUAGCGAGGAACCAAAGCACCGGGUGCUUCUCAAAAGAGACGCUCAAAGUUUUGAAGAAGAUAGGAUUAAUGAAUCUUCGCUCGAUUCGCAUAAAACGCGUUCCUUCGAAGAACGAGAGGAAGACUACGUCCGGGCAAGAGCGAGGAUUUUCAACCAAGACUCCAACUCUUCGACGGAGGGCUGUUUCGAAUCUCCAGCAAACGAUUCUUAUGCACGACCAUGGAGCAGUGCCGACAGCGGCUGUGACGUCGCAUGGCCUCAGAUCAGUCAACAGGUCAGCACGAACCAAUUCCUGCCGAAGAUCGCUGCCGGUGGUGCCAUUCCAUCAGCGAACUGUACUGUGAUGAAUUCCACCGCUUUCUAUCGGAUGGAACCGACGACCAAGACUCAGAUACGCCGUUGUCGUACAGAGAACGAUGGUACCGAAAGCCACCAGGUGCUGCCGCCCGUGAUACGAUCGAAUUCUGUCAACGACUCCGUUAGUAUGCCUUCCGGUUGCCGUCCGCCACCGGGACUGUCGGCCGGACAAUCCGUUAUAUUUGCAGUAGCAAACAUAGAACAAGUGCCUUUCGGUGCCAUAAUAAUUAACCCGCAGACAGGCCAGCCAUUCCUGAAUCAGGACGGCACAGUCUAUCGGCACAACCCCGCUUUGCUGCAGUUCGUUCAGGGCAUGUCAUGUCCUUCGGCAGCAGCGACUCCGAACGCGUGUUCCGUGAUGCCAUGUGUGCAGCAGAGUAACGGUUCCCAAGACAGCUCGAUGUUCGUCAGCGCCGUUCAGCCGUUGGCCCAACACCCUUCGGAUAUCGCCAACACGACCGACGCUGCUCGUCUCACCGGUUCGCCAAACUCCUACAACAGUGUACCGCAGAUUUUUGCUUACGUGAUGCUUCAACCGCAGGGUAGUUCCUACAGCUGGCAGCAGCUGUCGUCUAGUCAAAUUAACGAUACGUUGACACCGAACUGCAAUCCCUGUCACACCACGGGACAGCCGAUGCACUGCGUCAAUUCUCCUCGGCAGGUGGUUUCCAUUUCUAAUCAGCUGAUUUCUUCUUCUGACUCUUCUCAACUGAACCCGUCGCCCAAUUCGCCGCUAGUUUACCCUGUCUAUUGCCCGCCGUCUGCCCUUCAUGGUAAUGACGUCAUCGAAAAUUAUACCGGCUCGGUCGUCGCCCGGGUUACCAAGGGCCGCGCAGGCUGUUGGAGGAGACUGCGAAAAGUCGGCCAUCAGAACCUGCUCAUCGCCUUCUGCCAGCCGGGGGCGAAGCAGCACAACAACGGCUGA